AGAUACAUGUGUAUAUAUAUAGAUAUAGGCAUCUCUCGCCCGCUCGCUCGCUCACUCACCGUCACAGUACGUUUGCAUCUCAGAGAGGCUGCCCUCAGGUUUUAAUUUGAUUCUUGGAGGAAGACCUCGGUGCGAAUACCUUUUCUUUUUUCGUGCCAUUUAAAGGCCAGCCAAGAUGGUGAAGUUCACAGCAGACGAGCUUCGUAGGAUUAUGGACUACAAGCACAAUAUUCGUAAUAUGUCUGUUAUUGCGCAUGUUGAUCAUGGGAAGUCUACACUUACGGAUUCUCUUGUGGCUGCUGCUGGUAUCAUUGCACAAGAAACUGCAGGUGAUGUCCGGAUGACAGAUACUCGUGCGGAUGAAGCGGAGCGUGGCAUAACAAUUAAAUCUACUGGUAUCUCCCUCUACUAUGAGAUGACUGAUGAGGCUCUGCAGAGCUACAAGGGAGAGAGACAUGGGAAUGAGUACCUUAUCAAUCUCAUCGAUUCCCCCGGGCAUGUUGACUUCUCAUCGGAGGUUACUGCUGCUCUUCGCAUUACUGAUGGUGCACUUGUGGUUGUUGAUUGUGUCGAAGGUGUUUGUGUCCAAACAGAAACCGUGCUUCGACAGGCCUUGGGAGAAAGGAUUAGGCCUGUCUUGACAGUUAACAAGAUGGACAGGUGUUUUCUUGAGCUCCAGGUUGAUGGAGAGGAGGCUUACCAAACAUUCCAGAGGGUUAUUGAGAAUGCUAAUGUCAUCAUGGCUACAUAUGAAGAUCCCCUCCUUGGUGAUGUCCAGGUUUACCCCGAGAAAGGAACAGUUGCUUUCUCUGCUGGUUUGCAUGGCUGGGCCUUUACACUGACAAACUUUGCAAAGAUGUAUGCGUCCAAAUUUGGAGUUGACGAGUCAAAAAUGAUGGAACGGCUAUGGGGUGAGAACUUCUUUGACCCAGCUACGAAGAAAUGGACCAGCAAGAAUACUGGCUCUCCCACCUGCAAGCGUGGUUUUGUUCAGUUUUGCUAUGAACCUAUCAAGCAGAUUAUCAACACUUGCAUGAAUGACCAGAAGGACAAACUGUGGCCCAUGUUGACGAAACUUGGUGUCACCAUGAAGUCGGAAGAGAAGGACUUAAUGGGUAAGGCAUUGAUGAAACGUGUGAUGCAGACCUGGCUUCCAGCAAGUAGUGCCCUAUUGGAAAUGAUGAUCUUUCACCUUCCCUCCCCAUCCAAGGCCCAAAGGUAUCGUGUUGAAAACUUGUAUGAGGGUCCCCUUGAUGAUGCUUAUGCUAAUGCUAUCAGGAACUGUGAUCCUGAUGGGCCUCUUAUGCUAUAUGUAUCAAAAAUGAUUCCUGCAUCUGAUAAGGGUAGGUUCUUUGCCUUUGGUCGGGUCUUUGCUGGAAGGGUCUCAACUGGUUUGAAGGUCAGAAUCAUGGGUCCCAACUUCGUGCCUGGGGAAAAGAAGGACUUGUAUGUUAAGAGCGUGCAGAGAACUGUUAUCUGGAUGGGUAAGAAGCAGGAAACAGUUGAGGAUGUGCCUUGUGGUAACACUGUUGCGUUGGUUGGUUUGGAUCAAUAUAUCACCAAGAACGCUACUUUGACAAACGAGAAGGAAGUUGAUGCACACCCAAUCCGAGCCAUGAAGUUCUCUGUGUCACCUGUUGUGCGUGUGGCUGUUCAAUGCAAGGUUGCCUCUGACCUUCCUAAGCUUGUUGAGGGCCUGAAACGUUUGGCCAAGUCAGAUCCUAUGGUCGUCUGUACUAUUGAAGAGUCUGGGGAGCACAUCAUAGCCGGUGCUGGAGAGCUCCACCUUGAGAUCUGUUUGAAGGAUUUGCAGGAUGAUUUCAUGGGUGGAGCGGAGAUUAUCAAGUCUGAUCCUGUUGUCUCCUUCCGUGAGACAGUCCUUGAGAAGUCAUGCCGUACUGUGAUGAGCAAGUCGCCCAACAAGCAUAACCGUCUGUACAUGGAAGCACGUCCCAUGGAAGAGGGGCUUGCAGAGGCCAUUGAUGAUGGCCGCAUCGGCCCAAGGGAUGAUCCUAAAGCUCGUUCCAAAAUCUUGUCUGAGGAGUUUGGUUGGGAUAAGGAUCUAGCUAAGAAAAUCUGGUGUUUUGGCCCUGAGACCACUGGCCCUAACAUGGUGGUUGAUAUGUGUAAGGGAGUUCAGUACCUGAAUGAAAUUAAGGAUUCUGUUGUUGCAGGGUUCCAGUGGGCAUCUAAGGAAGGUGCAUUGGCUGAAGAAAACAUGAGGGGUAUCUGCUUCGAAGUCUGUGAUGUUGUUCUUCACGCUGAUGCCAUUCACAGAGGAGGUGGUCAGGUGAUUCCAACUGCUAGGAGGGUUAUUUAUGCUUCCCAGAUUACAGCCAAGCCCAGGCUUCUUGAGCCAGUAUACCUGGUUGAGAUCCAAGCUCCUGAGCAGGCACUUGGUGGUAUCUACAGUGUUCUUAACCAGAAACGUGGGCAUGUGUUUGAGGAAAUUCAGAGGCCUGGUACCCCACUAUACAACAUCAAGGCAUACCUUCCUGUCAUUGAAUCUUUCGGAUUCUCAAGCACUUUGAGGGCUGCAACCUCAGGGCAAGCUUUCCCCCAAUGUGUCUUUGAUCACUGGGACAUGAUGGCAUCAGAUCCAUUGGAAGCUGGAUCACAGGCUUCUCAGCUUGUUGCAGACAUCCGCAAGAGAAAGGGCUUGAAGGAGCAGAUGACCCCGCUUUCCGAGUUCGAGGACAAGCUAUAAGUUUCAUUUCUUUUCUCAUUGUCAACCUGUUUAACCCUCUGCUGCCUGCGUUUUCUUUUCAAUGUUGUUACCGUGGAGCAGGAGUCGUCAGCAGCAGCAGCAGCAGCAGCACACUCUAUGGAUUUUAAUCAACUGUUUGGUUUUUCGUUUUUCCUUUUUGUUUUUGUUUUUUAAACGUUAUGUUUGGAUUUAGAACAACUUCAGAUGCUCUGUAUUUUUACAUUUGCACCUUUUAAGAAUUAGUUUUCUUUUUACAAGGGCCAAAAUAAUUGCUAUAUCUUCAGCCCUUCGGAUUGAUAAGACUUAAGAGUAUGUGCUUACCCGAAUGCUUUCGUUGACUCAUUAAUUUGCAUUCUGCUAUACUAUUUUGUU